AAAGAAGAAAAAAACAUUACUCAACAACGAGGCAGUGAAUGCAUCCAAAACAAAUCAAUGGGUGGACAAACCAAGGCCACAUAGGCCUCCGUGCUCUGAACGCUACCAUAAUGUAGGUUAACAGAGAAUCAGCAUGACUUACACUGAACUAAUGUAUAAUCAACAUACUGUUAGACAGUUUGUGACGAGACAUUUUCAGUUUGAGCUUCACAGCCGUUGUCCACUCUAAACCAGGAGAGGAAAGGAUGUGAUUGCACAACGCAGUCAGUUCGUUUGGAGCCUUUCACUGAAAACAAGUGAAGUUUUGAUUGACCGCAUCACUUGGACGUGUCCAUGAAACACAAUGUGUCACUGUCUGACUUCGACUCACCUUGAAAUGUGAACUUUGCUAUUUGCAGCCUGUCGCCAGCCUGAAAUCAUUCAGCUGAGCUUUUCAGAUGCGUCUCAACAAAAACUGUCCCAAUAGGAGGUUUUCACACACGAUUUUUAAUACAUAAUAAAUUAUUUUCACAAUCUAUACAUAAAUUGUACUGUUGAAUAAUUUCUAACUUUAGAAUUACUGGACAAAACCUAUGUUCCCUCCCUGCAUUUGUGAACCAUGUUUCAUUACAUCAUCCUGCUUUGUCAAACGCUGCAACCUUUGGCCCACAUUAACCAACGCAGGUAGAAGGCACAUGAACGCUUUAAUAAAAGCAUGACUGCAUUGUGUGAUAACAGUAACUACUCCGUAAAUGAACGAGGCUUCAGGACAAACUCCACGCUUCCGCUGGAUGACCUCACGCAGCGGACGACCUCAGGGCCCAGAGCCAAAGGGGCAAAGUGCAAAACAGCGGCUGAGAAAAGGAGAGGACAGCGAUCACAUGAACUGUGACACAGACGCAGCCACACACACUUAAGCGACAGGACUGCAGGUGAACCAGCGUCGCUCCGUCCUGCACCGCUGACCGAUCCCUGCGCUGGAACACAGAAAGGUGCAACUGUGAUUCAAACAGGACCGUCCGACUGAGUCCCAAUCCUUGUAACCAUGACAACCGCAGAUCCACCUAACACACUUUGGCAUCGAAACGUCAAGACCCCUCAGACUGAUGCUGUCUCCAGUCACGCCGGGGGCCAUGAGGACGUGCAGGAGGAAAGGCUGAGGCAGUGGCGUAAACACACGCAGAAGGUGAAGUUAAGACUCAUGGAGCAGGUCCAGAAUCAGCUGGGCGACAUGUUUGACGAGGCUGUAGCGGAGUCCAUGCAGUCGUACGCCGGCGUUCGGCUGAACGGAGGGAGCGCAGGCAAGCCGGCCUCCAGAGCUCAGAGGAUGGAUGACGGCAAAGUGUUCGUGGCCAGAGCUUCACUGCUGGACGAACUGUUUGAGAUCAGCCACAUCCGGACCAUCUACCACAUGUUCUUAGCCGUUCUGCUCAUCUUCUUCCUGAGCACGCUGGCUGUGGACUACAUCGACCAGGGCAGGCUGGUCCUGGAGUUUGACCUGCUCUUCUACGCCUUUGGGAGGGUGGGGACGGUGGUCUGGGCCUGGACCGUGAUGUUCUGCUACACGCUGCUCGUCCCCUACCUCGCCCUGCUCCUGUGGGGCUCCUUGUACCACUCGGUGCCCUCCAGGCUGGGGCUGUCUGCGGGCACGGGCCUGGCUCUGUCGGCCGCGCAGGCCUGCGUGCUGGGACUCUUCCCGAUCUACGUGGCCGUACAACACCAGCUGCCGCCGGCGUCGCGGUUCAUUGUGGUCAUGGAACAGAUUCGCUUCCUGAUGAAGAGCUACUCGUUUAUUAGAGAAACAGUUCCUGUUAUUAUGCGGAAUACACCAAAGGAAGGAGAAAGUCACAGGCUCCCGACGUUUUCCAGCUACCUGUACUUCCUCUUCUGUCCCACUCUCAUCUACAGGGAAUCGUACCCGCGAAACUCCCGCAUAAGAUGGAAUUAUGUUGGUGUCACUCUUGGCAUGAUUCUGGGCUGCCUGUUUUACGGAUACUUCAUCCUGGUGCGUCUUUGCAUGCCCAUCUUCAGGCCCGAGAACAAACAGCCUUUCAGCAAGCGGACUCUGGUUCUGGCCGUGUUUCAGUCCAUACUACCAGGUAUUAUGCUGCUGCUGCUGGCCUUCUUCGCCUUCCUGCACUGCUGGCUCAACCUCUUCGGGGAGUUGCUGCGUUUUGCUGACAGAAUGUUCUACAAGGAUUGGUGGAACUCUACGUCCUUCGCCAACUAUUAUCGUACCUGGAAUGUGGUGGUUCAUGACUGGCUGUAUUAUUACGGCUACAGAGACUUCCUCUGGCUGUCGCAAAGGAGAUUCCGGACAGCUGCCACGCUCUGCGUUUUCCUCGUCUCCGCCGUCGUCCAUGAAUACGCCUUGGCCAUCGGCUUUGGCUUCUUCUACCCGGUCAUGUUCUUCCUCUUCGCCGUCUUCGGAGUGGUCUUCAAUUUCACCAUGAACGACAAGCGCCAGAGCCCCGUGUUCAACAUCAUCAUGUGGACCUGCCUCUUCCUGGGCCAGGGCGUCCUGGUGUGUCUGUACUGCCAGGAGUGGUACGCGCAGAUACACUGCCCACGGACAGAGAAUAGUUUCUGGGAGCUGGUGACGCCUCGGUCGUGGUCCUGCAGUUACAAGGGGUAAAACUGCCUUGCUCCUUGGAGAAAAUCAGCACGGACUAAAUGUAGACGACUGGAUAGAUGUGAAUAUAUGAAGCCUUCAGACCCUUCAGUCUUGUAUAUCCUUAUUCAGGUGUGAUUCAUACUGUAUGUUUGAUGUAUCAACCCUUUUUAUACUGAUAGUGUAAAAUAUUGUUUAUUAGGUUUUGAGAAAAUGUUUUUUUUUGUGUAUUCACUAUAUAAAUCACUAUAAAAACGCUAACUGUGUGAGUCUGGAUGUGCUUAGUGUCUUUGCUAAGCUAAAUUAAGCUAAUUGCCUUUUAGCACAUUGUUAAAAAAGAUAUUUAUUAAGUAAUAAAAAUAUAAAAAUUAUUAAAUAUGCCUAAUAUAAAUGCUUUACUCUAUUGUACUUGAGAUGUACAAACGUUUCACUCAGAACGCCUGGCCUGCAGCCUGCCCCAUGCUUGUUCCAGCCUUGGCGGCUUGUGGGAGGCCAGGGAUUGGCUGGGGAGCAGGUAUGCAAAGCAACCGCUGUGGAGCGUCUUAUCAUUUUGCCACAAAGCUUCUGCUUGUCUAGCUGCCAUGUCCCUCUGAAGUCAUACAGGAAGAAGAGGAUUAGUGAUGUAAUGUUCUGUAAACUGAUAUACCAUAAUACCAAGAGCGCAGAGCGAGCCUUCAUUUCAGCGUUUCAUCUUUGCUGAAUGAAUUGAUGGAGCAUAAACAAAAGGUGCUUGCUGUCAAGUGAGGAAUCCAUGUAAUGAAACCAUAAUUAUAAAGGACUCUAAGAGGAAUACGAGGCUUCAAAGAGGCUUAUAUUCACUCACCAACCUUGUCUGUUGUAGCUGGAG